UAAACAUGAAGCCAAGAGAGUCAUGAAGAUUGUUAGAGCCAUCAGAGAAGGUAGAAUCAUUCCUCCUUCCAAGGUCAAAGAGAUGAAAGAGCAAGAAGAAGAGGCUAAACAGUUUGAUUUGUGGGAAGAUGAAGUGGAAGUGCAGGAUCACAUUAUGAACUUGAGAGCUCCAAAGAUGUUGCCUCCAUCCCAUGAAGAAAGUUAUAAUCCUCCAGAAGAAUACUUGUUCACUGAAGAAGAGUUGAAACAAUGGGAAGAAAACCCAGAAGAGAGAACCACAAACUUUGUUCCUCAGAAGUACACCUCAUUAAGAAGAGUACCAGCCUAUCAAGAAAACAUCAGAGAAAGAUUCGAAAGAUCCUUGGACUUAUACUUGGCCCCUAGAGUUCGUCAUCAUAAAUUAAACAUUGAUCCAGAAUCGUUGAUUCCCGAAUUGCCUUCUCCAAAAGACUUGAGACCUUUCCCUAUCAAAUGCUCCACUAUCUUUGAAGGUCACUUAGCCAGAAUAAGAACGUUAUCUAUUCAUCCAAACGGAUAUUGGUUGGCUACUGGUAGUGACGAUGGUACCGUGAGAGUAUGGGAAAUCUUGACUGGGAGAGAAGUGUUUAAGGUCGAAUUUGAAAAGGAUGAUGAAGAUAAUAUUGAAGACAUCGAGU